AUGGUGCGGGCGAGUCUUCUCGCCGCAGCGAGCGGAGCUGCUGCAGCCACGCAGCAGCACGCUCACCUCAGCGGGGUCGCCAUCGUGGCGCUCGCGGUGGCCGCGACGGUGGCCGUGGCGGCGAUCGCGGCGUUCGGGUGCGCGCAGGGCGCCAAGAAGCCGCCUCGGCAUAACAACAACAACGUCUACUACUACGGCCAGGGCUACCCGCCGCCUCCCGCUGGGGCGUACGGCUACCCGGCGCAGCAGCCGGCCCCCGGCUACGGCUACGCGUACCCGCAGCAGCAGAGCGCCGGGCGGCCAGGCCGCAGCGGGCUCGGCUCCGGCGCCGCGGGGCUCGCCGUCGGCGCGGUCGGGGGGCUGGCCGCCGGCGCCGUCAUCGGCUCGGCGCUCAACUCCGGCGGUGGCGGUUGUGGAGGCGGCGGCUGCGGUGGCGGUGGUUGCGGCGGAGGGUGCGGUGGUUGA